AUGAAUUAUUGUCGUACUGGAUUUAGAAAUUUUUUGUCGUACGUUCCAGGAUUAUUACUAAUAUCAUUAGGAAUUUAUCUUGCUACUGAAAAACCGCAUACUAAUUAUGUAAUUGAUCAAAUUCGUAAGGAAGCAGAAUUAACUGAAGGGAAAUAUGGCUAUAGAAUGUGGAAAGAUUUAGACAUAUAUUUUAAAGUAUAUCUGCUUCACGUAACAAAUCCUGACAAUGUUAUGGAAGGAGAAAAUCCGAUUUUCGAAGAACGUGGUCCCUAUGUUUAUAACUUAAACAUGAAGAAACAAGUGACACACGUCGAUGAAAAACUUGACGAGUUGGCUUUCACCAUAUUCAGAACUUAUCAGUUCAACAAAAAUGCAUCCGGAAGUUUUUCUGAAGAUGAUCAAGUAGUUUUAUUAAACAGUGCUUAUUUAGGAACCCUCAACACUAUAGUAUCUAAAUUUCCAGCGUUCAUCGGACGUUUUGGCAACAGUAUACAAAAUUUAUUUCCUAAAACUUACGAUGUAUUUUUACGUAGUAAAGUAAAAGACAUAUUAUUCGAUGGAUUGCCAUUGAUAUGCGACCCUGUUAAAUAUAAAGAUCUAGCUCUCUUAUGUAACUUUCUUAAAGGACAAAAGCCACCCAUAAUUAAAAACACCGACAAACCAGGCGUCUAUUCAUACAGUUUGUUCGACAAAAAUAAUUAUACCGAUAGUGAUCCCUUUACAGUAAAUCGUGGUGUUGAAAAUAAAGACGCGUUAGGUAACACAACGUCGUUCAAAAAAUUACGUGUAACAAAAUAUUGGACUGAAAAAGAAUGCAAUUUAGUGUCGGGUACAGAUUCGAUAACUUGGGCACCAAUGACUGAAAAGUUACCAUUUGUAUCGGUAUACGAACCUAAUGUAUGUCGACGAAUGACGCCAAAUUUUAAAAGAGAAGUAAUAAUAAAUGGUUUAAUGGGAUACCGGUAUGAACUGGAUGAAACUACAUGGCUAAAAAAAAAUAUGGGUUGUUACUGUCUACCUAAUGCAAAAAAAGUACCGGAAUGUCUGCAAACCGGUCUUCUAGAUAUCACCAAAUGUCAGGAUGCACCGGUAAUAUUUUCUGAACCGCAUUUUCUUCAUGCGGAUCCAAAUCUCUUGGAGUAUGCACGUGGCUUAAAACCAGAUCCAAUUGAACACACAACAUUUAUAACAAUCGAGCCUCUGAGCGGAGCACCACUCAGUGGUUCGAAAAAAAUUCAACUUAAUCUAAACGUAAAAAGAAUUCCUGGCAUCACUUUGCUCGCAAAUAUUUCCGAAGGACUUUUUCCAAUUCUUUGGGCCGAAGAGACAAAUGUAGCAAGUGUUAAAUUACUGGGACCAAUUAUUAAUGCACAUCGUCUUUUAAAUGUUUUCAAAUACUUUACAUGGAUACCAAUUGUUAUUGGAUUAUUUUUAAUAAUGAAACUCAUGUGGUAUCGCAGUCUUUUAGAACCAAACGACACGUUAAGAGGAACAAAUCGUUUACAAGUAACAACAAUAACAACAACAGCAUUACGUCCGGAGGAUAAUAAUUUUCUACGUCAUCCGAGUCAGCAACUCGCCUUAAUAAGACCCGCGAAUCGUAAUCGCAACCGUGUCUUUAAUAAGUGA